AUUUAUUAUUCUUCCUUAAAAUUACAAUUACAAUUGCAAUUGCAAUUCUCAAAAAAGUAGAAACAAAAAGGGUGAAGAAGCUCGAGAGUGAACCGGAAAGCUUCAUUCACCGCCGGCGGAUUCGUACCGCGGUGUUGCAACGAAUGGUUGUGGCAGCAUAUUAGCACAAGUUCUUCUUUUGGAGGAAGCAACAUGGCAUUCAGCUCUCAAAGCUUUCUUGCUCAACUAGUUAAAUGUUUUUAACUGAUGCCGCACAGAAUUGAACACUCUCACUUUGCAAUUACUGCAUAGAAAUCUGAUUUGCAAACAUGCCUCGUAAAGUGAAUUACGGAGUUGAUUAUGAUGAUGGUGAUGAUUAUGAAGGCUAUGAAGAUGACUAUGAUUAUGAUGAAGAAGUGGAAGAAAAUGGUCUUACAGCUAAAACGAUGCCUACAAAAGAAGUUAGCGAGACUAAGGUCUGGCGAUGCCCAAUAUGUACCUAUGAUAAUGAAGAUAGUAUGUCUGCAUGUGAUAUAUGUGGGGUUUUACGUAACCCUUUGGUCAAGAGCAAUAUCAAAACCGAUAAUGUUGCAGUGGGCGGCAUGUGCAAAGAUUCUGGAGUAUCUGUGAUGGCCAAGUCUCUUUUUGCAUCAUUGCCGCAACAUAUGGUCAAAGCAUCCGUCUUUGAAGUGCAGAAUGAUGUUUCUUCCACGGAUAACCACCCUAACUUCCACAAAUUCAGAAAUAUACGAGGCACUUUUCCAGAAUUCAGUAGUGCUUUUAGUUAUCAAAAUCAUAAAAGAGUUAAUAUAGUCCCUUUCAAGUUUGAUGUUCCUUCUCCAGAUGAUUUGGUGUCAAGUGGACUGCAAUCACUGAAAAUGAAAUCCAAAGGUAGUCAGAAGGACACAAAUAUUCCAGUUGAACUGGACUUGGCUGCUAAGGAUCAAGAGUCCACUUCAGCAUCAGUAACAAGAGAGAGAGGUAAUGGAGUUGAUGAGAAAGAUUAUGGUCCAACCCGUGGGAGAAAACCAGGGAUGUCUCAUAGCAAUGUGAAUACGGAAGCUAUGUCUUCCAAAACUGGAAAAGCAGAAAUGACCAUUGAGAGAAAUACAGCAUCAGUUUCUGAGUUUAUUCCUGAGACAUGGAUGAUCCCGGAAACAGUUGAUGGUGAAUUGAGCCAGCUAAAUCUUGCAAUUGUUGGCCAUGUUGAUUCCGGGAAGUCGACACUUUCAGGAAGGUUGCUUCAUCUAUCGGGACGAAUAUCGCAGAAAGAGAUGCACAAAUAUGAAAAAGAAGCUAAACAACAGGGAAAAGGAUCUUUUGCUUAUGCAUGGGCAUUAGAUGAAAGUGCUGAAGAAAGGGAAAGGGGUAUAACAAUGACGGUGGGUGUUGCUUUCUUCACUUCCAAAAAAUAUCACAUCGUGCUGCUUGACUCCCCUGGACAUAGAGAUUUUGUUCCAAACAUGAUCUCGGGAGCAACACAAGCAGAUGCUGCAAUUUUAGUGGUUGAUGCUUCUUUGGGUUCAUUUGAAGCCGGCAUAGAUGCUACCGGGGGGCAAACGAGGGAACAUGCACAGCUGAUUAGGAGCUUCGGAGUAGAUCAGAUUAUUGUUCUUGUCAACAAAAUGGAUGUGGUCGGAUACUCUAAGGAAAGAUUUGAUUUUGUGAAGCAGAAACUAGGGACAUUUCUCCGUACUUGUGGUUUUAAAGAAUCUUCUAUUUCAUGGGUUCCAGCAAGUGUCAUGGAAAAUCAGAACUUAGUUGCAAAAUCUUCUGAUGCACGGUUGUCCUGGUAUAGAGGACCUUUUUUGAUGGAUGCGAUUGAUUCUCUCCAACUUCCUGCAAGAGAUUACUCCAAACCACUACGACUUCCUAUUUGUGAUGUUAAGUCACAAUCCCAAAGUCAGGUGUCUGCAUGUGGGAAACUGGAAAGUGGAGCUAUUAGACCAGGACUUAAGGUAUUGGUUAUGCCUUCAAAACAAAUAGCAACAGCCCGCUCGUUGGAACGUGACUCUCAGCCUUGUAGUAUUGCAAGAGCCGGAGACAACGUUACAGUGAAUUUGCAAGGUAUCGAGGGCAAUCAUGUAACAGCUGGGAGUGUGAUAUGUCACCCUGACUACCCGGUUCAAGUUGCCAGCCAGUUGGAAAUGAAAAUUCUUGUCCUUGAGAUUUCAACUCCGAUUGUAAUUGGUUCUCAGUUGGAGUUUCACAUACACCACGCAAAAGAGGCUGCCAAAAUCGUGAAGAUAUUGUCUCUGCUUGAUCCAAAGACAGGGAAAGUUAUGAAGAAGUCCCCAAGAUGCUUGCUGUCCAAGCAGCAUGCCAUGGUUGAGGUUGGUGCAAACUUUCUGAUGAAGAAUGAUAUUACGAGUGUUUUCGUUAUUAGUUUAUUUCAAUUACUUGUUAUUUUAAUUAUUAGGUCUUUUGCUUCAGUUUACUGGCUCGGCAUAUUUAGUUACAUUUUGCAGUUGGAUUUUGGAUAUUGAAAACUAGGUUUAUUUCCCUUCUCUAGUGUUCUUCUGGUAUUCUUCUUGAAUCAACAGAAUUUCAUUCUUAUCUGCAUCCUUUUCCGGCAUUUUGUGAUACAUUGCUGCAUCCCUUUCUUUCUGCAACUUGAGACGGGUGUGUUUUGAUGGUCGUCGUGGCAGGUGGCUUUGCAAGGUCCGGUAUGCGUGGAGGAGUACAGCAGCUGCAGAGCUCUGGGGAGAGUGUUCCUUAGAGCAUCAGGAAGGACUAUUGGUCUUGGUGUUGUCACACAAAUCAUUAAGAGGGAAAAGUAGUUUAUAUAUAUUUUGUAACGAGUUAGAUAAAUCCAAAAUCAGUUGUCACAACUAGCUCACAGCUUUUAAGCAUUUUGGUGAGGAAUUUUUGCAUUUUAUAAUUCAUUUCCCAAGUUGUUCUUUCUUCUGAAAUGAAAAGCGUUUUUGUUUUCUUAAA